UCUAAUGCAGUACACUGGUGGGCCUUUCUGGGUUGUUAUAAGAAUAUAAGCUAUACCUGACCCAAACCCGACAUAAAACUGGUAGGCAGGGAGGCGGAGGUGGUCAGUGAGUCAGUCUUCGUUGCAGCCUUAACGCACCCAUAUCUACUGUCUCUUUCUUCAAUUCAAAGAAGGUUCAGAUUGAAAGCUCUCUGUUCCUGCUCCCACUCUACACAUGGUAGUGAGUUUUAUACCUUCUUGCUUUAACUUGUCACAGCCACCUUGUCACUCGAAACAUAUUUCCAGACAUAUAGCAUCAAACAUCAGGAGGCCUUGUAUUAGAAGGCCUCAAAUAUUGUCUUCUGCCCAUGAAGAUGCUGUUGGUUUGCGUGUAUUUGUGCUAUCGGACUUGCACACAGACUAUGCGGAAAAUAUGAAAUGGGUCAAAAGCUUAUCCGCCGACAGAUAUAAGAAUGAUGUUCUUCUUGUUGCGGGUGAUGUAGCAGAGACAUACAACAAUUUUUUAUUAACAAUGUCUCUCUUAAAGGAUAGAUUUGAACAUGUCUUCUAUGUGCCUGGGAACCAUGAUCUUUGGUACCGUCGGGAUGGGGAGGAUAAUCCGGAUUCCCUUCAGAAGCUGAAUUGUUUGCUCGAUGCAUGUAGAACACUAGGAGUUGUGAGCAAUCCAAUGAUUAUAGAUGACCUGGGAAUCAUUCCUUUACUUUCUUGGUACCAUGAGAGCUUCGACAGGGAGAUGGAUAUCCCCAACAUCCGCAUUCCAUCUUUGGAGAUGGCAUGUAAGGACUUUAAUGCAUGCAAGUGGCCUGGAGAGCUGUCAAAUGCUGAUGACUCGCUUGCUUUAUACUUUGAUUCACUGAAUGAUAUGCAUUCUGAUGUAAUCAAGCAGAUCAAGAAGGUAUGCUCGCAGAUAAUAACAUUUUCUCACUUUGUUCCCAGGCAAGAGCUAUGUCCAGAGAAAAGGAUGCUUUUCUACCCAAAACUCCCAAAAAUUAUUGGAUCUGAGUCGCUCGAGUUUCGCAUAAGAUCAAUCCAUGGGGUUGAUGGGAGUGGGUCCGCAUGUCACGUGUUUGGUCAUACUCACUUCUGUUGGGAUGCAGUGAUUGAUGGUGUCAGUUUCACAACCGAGCCCUUAGAGAGGUUGCUCCUUCACGUUUUUUCUUGUACAUCUGGAAGUAAUACAAAACAAUUUCUGAAGAGUUCAGGAAAUCCAGUACUCUUCAAUUAUAUUGGCCAUGACCAUGUAUAUAGGCUACUCAGCGUGCUUUCUGGUUUGGAUGUGCAAUGUAGAUAUGUGCAAGCACCACUAGCAUACCCAAGAGAAAGAAAGAGGAUGAUGAAUGGAGGUGAAGAUUGGUUGCCAUUUUGCAUCUACUCUGGAGGGAAAUUGAGUGACAGGAUCUCGCCCUGUUAUUGGUCUGAUUAUUAUUCUUUCAACCCAAGAACACCUCGUAAUACUCAGCUUGCUCCGUGGGUUGCCAGGUUCUACAACAGGACAUGAUCAGACGCAAAACAUUAUGUUCGUAUUAAAACAAUUGGGUAUAUGAUAUGGUGUUUUUAGGUCAUCUGUUUAGGAUAAUUGUAAAGCUUAUUCUUUCGUCUGCAUUUUUUUGGCGGUGUAAUCAAAUUCUCGAAAGCUGCAUCUUUACAGCAAGUAUAUUAUAUAUACAAAUAUGAAGGUUUGCUUUGUUAUAUUAUAUAAAGAAAGAGGUGGUUGGCAUUUUA